UCAUCAUUAUAAGUUGAAAUAUAAAUAAUUAUAAUAGUUAGCUUUUUAGCUCGUAAAGUUUCUUCGUUUUCAAAAUGGGGUUUUUUGAAAGAGCCACCGUUCACUUUUUGCAUGCAGCAAUCGGGUCUGCCAUUGUGCUUCUCUAUCCACUGUAUGAAUCGAAAUUGGCAAUGGAGAAACCUUCAUCUCGAGAACAUCAACAAUGGUUGACAUACUGGGUUUUGCUUUCAUUGCUCACCCUUUUCGAGCUUUAUUUGUCCACCAUUAUUUCAUGGAUUCCACUUUGGCCUUAUAUAAAGUUGGUGUUUUGCUUGUGGUUGGCGCUGCCAAGUUUCAAGGGUGCAGCUUAUGUUUUUGAGAAUAUUGCAAUGAAAUACAUCAAGGUUGAAGAUAUUGAAGAGAACCCCGAAAGAGAUUUAGAGGAGGAAAAGAAAGAAAAAGAGGACAUGAAGAAGAAAGCAAAAGAGGACAUGAAGAAGAAAGACGAUGAAGACGAAGCUGUUGAUGAAGACGAAGAUGAUGAGGAGGACGAGGACGAGGAUGAGGCCGUGAGCACACGCGAUGAAAAGAAAGUCUUUCGUGCUUGGAAAUUGGUGGAUGAUUACAUUGAAAAAAAUGGAGCUGAUUCUUUAGAAAAGAUUGUCAAAGCUGGUUUACAAGGCAACUGAGGCAACUUCACCAGCAGAAGACAAUAUGAGAGGAGGAAUAAUAAAAAUAAUUAGAGCAUUUGCAAUAAUGUAUAUAUGCAAUAUGAUACACAUAUACAAAUAAUUAAUGUAUGAAUUAUAUUUAUUUUAUACUCCACUUAUUAUACUUUGUCGAAUUAGCUUAAUAUUCAAUCCAUUUCAUUUAUGUGUGUA